GGGAAAGGGAGGGACAGGGAACAGUUUGGCUGGGCAUCUGGUCAUUUAAUCUUUGGACUUACUCAGGAGGAAUGACUCUUCAACCUACAAGUGUCCCAGGCUUCAGCGCCACAGCUUUAUAUGGAGAACAAAACAACACCAAUGGCACUCAGUGUCCUAUUCAGGAUGACUGGGAGUGGCUCAACACCAGUCAGCCAGUUUAUAUCCUGCUCAUCACUGUGCUGGGAGUAGUGUUUAAUGUGUUUGUCCUGAUGAUAUUCUGUCUCCACAAGAAGGCCUGCACCGUGGCUGAGAUCUACUUGGGCAACUUGGCUGCUGCUGACCUUGUCCUGAUGUCCUGUUUGCCCUUCUGGGCUGUAAACGUAUUCAACGAUUUCAACUGGCCCUUUGGUCAGUUGUUGUGCAAAGUCGUCAACCUGGGCAUUAAGAUGAACGUCUACUGCAGCAUCUACUUCCUCGUUCUGGUCAGCAUAGAUCGCUAUGUAGCACUGGUGCAUACAAUGUCCCAUGGCAGAAUGCGUAGGCCAAAGUAUGCCAAACUGGGUUGUCUGUUAGUGUGGGGUUUCGGCUUGCUCCUGAGUGUCCCCACACUCAUCUUCCGGGAGGUGAACUAUAUCUCUGAGUUUGGUGUUAACGCAUGCAUUCUGGAUUACCCAAACCAAACUGUAGAGCUGCUCUGUGAUGGAAUGUUGAUUUUUUGUAGCUUCAUCAUCCCCAUUUUGAUUAUCUCAUUCUGCACGUUCAGAAUUAUCCAGGCUUUGAAAAUCCAGGCAAUAGAGAGGUUCAGUGCUGAGAAAACAGAGCAGAAGGCUACGACUCUGGUGCUGGCCGUCCUCCUGGCCUUCCUCAUCUGCUGGGUUCCAUUCCAUAUGGUCACCAUACUGGACGUGCUCCUAAGGGCUGAACUCCUGAGAGGGUGUCACUUAACGACCGUCCUAGAAAUCUGCAACCAGAUCUUCACCUACCUAGCCUUCUUCAACAGUGUCCUCAACCCCAUCCUGUACGUCAUUGUUGGAAAGAACUUCCGGAAAAAAGUUCGGGAACUCUUCAAGCAAUGGAGCAUUAAGAGAACAGCAACCUUGGAGUCCACUCGUUCACACCUGUCCUCUACUGUAAAGACUGUGAUAUAAAAUGUUGUUGUCAAAAGCACUGUUCCUCUCAAAAGUAGAAUUUGCAGAAAGAUGACUGUGGAAUACAGUCAUUUUUACAGUCAUAAUCCUGCGCUAAUGAUGAAAUAUAUUUAUGAAUAGAUUUGCAGUGGAUGUAAGUGUAUAGUAAUGGGACCAAAUCAUCCUUCCUCAAAUCAAUCUUUGAUGAGAUGUCUUCUCAAAAUGAUUUUUAGGAAAUGUAACUAUAUGUGUACAGUCAUAUGGGGCUGUAAUGUUUCGUGCUGGAGAGGGUGUUUCAGGUUGCUAACAAAAAUGUUAUUCUGUCUCAACCAUGCUAGAUAAUUGUAUAUCACUUAGCUGAAUAAGCUGAAAAACCUAACCAUAUAGAAUUGUUUUUCACACUUUCAUAACAGUUCCACCACAUGCAAGAACAUACAGCUGGCCCCUUGUUACAAACAUCGACAAACAGCAGUAUCUGGAUGUAGUGUGAUGUAAAUCUGCCUUGUUUCUGUAAAAUAAUAUAUGUAAAUAUAAAUUUCAUAUUCUUUCUUAUGUUUCUGAUAACUCAGAUUGUAAAUAGUACCACUAUUUGUUUACCUCCGCACAUAAGCAUCAAGUAAAAUAUAUGUAUGGUUUUAUGGAUAUCUCAUUGGAUCUUUAUAAUUUUCUUAAAUGUUGAGCAAAAAAAGUUGAAUGUAAGAGAACCCCAACAACUGCUUGCUAAGUGUUUUCUCAUGUUUUUGACUCAUUGUCUGCAGAGUUAAAAACAGGAUUCUGUCGAAGAGUUUCCAGUGGUGACAAACAAACAUGCUUCUUUUUUGCUGGCUGCAUAGACAUCAGUUGUCAUCUCUCCCCACACUACCAUUUAAUGGCCCAAUGUUGACUCAGUGUGGGCUGUGGCCUGAGGGUAAGGGUACACCCCUACUUUCCCCCCCAAAAAAAGGCAUGUGAUGCCAAACAGGAAAUCUUUCUUAAGAUUCAGGCUUUACCACUAUUGCCAAGCCUGUAAAUUGUUGUGGAACAAAAAACAUGCACCCAGACAAAGUUACCUCAAACGGUCAAGUAUACGCCCAAAAAUACACAGUUUGACCUGUUUCAUGUGUUUUCGUCUGCCUUUCAGGGUUAAGACACUAUGCUUUUUACUCUCUUUCGCAUGUAAAAUAUAUUUUCUUUCUUGUACAAAUGUGUUACU